AUGUGUCGCCUCCUACAUGUGUCGCCUCCUACAUGUGUCGCCUCCUACAUGUGUCGCCUCCUACAUGUGUCGCCUCCUACAUGUGUCGCCUCCUACAUGUGUCGCCUCCUACAUGUGUCGCCUCCUACAUGUGUCGCCUCCUACAUGUGUCGCCUCCUACAUGUGUCGCCUCCUACAUGUGUCGCCUCCUACAUGUGUCGCCUCCUACAUGUGUCGCCUCCUACAUGUGUCGCCUCCUACAUGUGUCGCCUCCUACAUGUGUCGCCUCCUAUAUGUGUCGCCUCCUACAUGUGUCGCCUCCUACAUGUGUCGCCUCCUACACGUGUCGCCUCCUACACGUGUCGCCUCCUACACGUGUCGCCUCCUACACGUGUCGCCUCCUACACGUGUCGCCUCCUACACGUGUCGCCUCCUACACGUGUCGCCUCCUACAUGUGUCGCCUCCUACAUGUGUCGCCUCCUACAUGUGUCGCCUCCUACAUGUGUCGCCUCCUACAUGUGUCGCCUCCUACAUGUGUCGCCUCCUACACGUGUCGCCUCCUACACGUGUCGCCUCCUACACGUGUCGCCUCCUACACGUGUCGCCUCCUACACGUGUCGCCUCCUACACGUGUCGCCUCCUACACGUGUCGCCUCCUACACGUGUCGCCUCCUACACGUGUCGCCUCCUACACGUGUCGCCUCCUACACGUGUCGCCUCCUACAUGUGUCGCCUCCUACAUGUGUCGCCUCCUACAUGUGUCGCCUCCUACACGUGUCGCCUCCUACACGUGUCGCCUCCUACACGUGUCGCCUCCUACACGUGUCGCCUCCUACACGUGUCGCCUCCUACACGUGUCGCCUCCUACACGCGUCGCCUCCUACACGCGUCGCCUCCUACACGCGUCGCCUCCUACACGCGUCGCCUCCUACACGCGUCGCCUCCUACACGCGUCGCCUCCUACACGCGUCGCCUCCUACACGUGUCGCCUCCUACACGUGUCGCCUCCUACACGUGUCGCCUCCUACACGUGUCGCCUCCUACACGUGUCGCCUCCUACACGUGUCGCCUCCUACACGUGUCGCCUCCUACACGUGUCGCCUCCUACACGUGUCGCCUCCUACACGUGUCGCCUCCUACACGUGUCGCCUCCUACACGUGUCACCUACACGUGUCACCUCCCACACGUGUCACCUCCCACACGUGUCACCUCCUACACGUGUCACCUCCCACAUGGAGUGUAUGAUCCUUCUUCCCAACACAAGAUUGAUCUCUUUCAAGAUGCUUCUGCCACCUUAAAGACAGACUGGAUGAUCUUUACACAGCCCACACGAUAG